AUGCGGAUGUCUCAUGUGGAUUUUCUUGAAGAUACCACCACAGUUAUGAGGCAUCGUUUUUUAAAAGAAUGGAACGAUGAUCGGGAUGCCAUUCAAUAUCCACCGGCAGAAGGCCGAUAUUCUGUUUACGAUGAUCAAGGUCUCAACGAGCACUUAUCUUUUAUUGUUAAUUCGUACUAUGGAAUUCAAAACGAUAGCUUCGCCUCAUUUAGUUAUGAUGUACAAAAGCCACAUGAAUCUUCUACUUCGGAUAUUAUAAACCCUACAAUAAAUUUUGAAGCAAUUCCACUUCUUGAAAUUGAUAUUGAAAGGAUAGCGAAUGUCACUGUCAACAACAACACUUAUGAUUUUGAUAUUACCGAAGUGAAAGAGACCAAGUAUCUUAACCUCAGUAUCGAAGAAGUUCAAAAAAUUGGGGAUUCGGAUGAAGCGGUUCGUGAAAUGUUCGCGAAACGCGGUGUUACAUUUUUACCUAGUGAUGCUCUUAAAAUUUCAAUUGUUACAAUCCGUUUUCGUUUGAGGACCAUUCAUUACUCUCCAACAGCUGGAGACCAAAAGCCUGAAUGCUACAAAAUUGUUGUUUCGAUUAAAUUCGAUAAUUCGCGCCAUACUGGCCAAAUUCACGUAACAUUGAGCACAAUGGCCUCUUACGUAAACGUUUGCAAUGGAAGAAUAAUUAAAGUUUCGUUAUUUUCAGGAGUUGGUUGGUCUUUUGAUGCCUUAUUCAUUCUAAUUAUUGAUGUAACUGUGCUCGUUUUAUGCGCCUUUUCUUUUAUUCUGUGUUGCCGAGCGCUCAUUAAAGCACAUCUUUUACAAUUAAAAACUGCUGAUUAUUUUGAGAAUUGUCUCCAUGUGAAACUUGCUGUAACCGAUCAACUUGAUUUUUUGAACCUGUGGUAUGUAAUGAUCGUCGUCAAUGAUAUUUUGAUAGCACUGGGGACGAUUGCAAAAAUUUCAAUUGAGUUUCGGGAUUUUGAUAAUUCACUGUUCACCUUAACGUCGAUCUUCUUAGGAAUGGGUGCGCUAAUGGUUUACGUUGGAGUAUUGCGAUAUUUCGGAUUUUUUAGUCAAUACAAUAUUUUAAUAUUAACUCUGAAAAAAUCACUCCCUAAUAUUAUGCGAUUUAUGUCUUGCGCUGUUGUAUUAUAUGUCGGGUUUUUAAUUGCUGGAUGGGUAAUCAUUGGCCCCUACAGCAUGAAGUUCCGAACAUUAUCCGAAUCCUCAGAAGCUUUAUUUUCUCUACUUAAUGGCGAUGACAUGUUUGCAACAUUCUAUACAAUUAACGACUCAAAUACUGUGAUUAAAAUCUUUGGAACAAUUUAUAUUUACAUGUUUGUUUCUCUUUUUAUUUAUGUAGUCCUUUCGUUAUUUAUCGCGAUAAUAAUGGAUGCUUAUGAAGUGGUAAAGGUAAUUUUCUUUAUUUCGCUUUAUAACGCAGAUCACAGCGCUGGGCAGUAA